AAGCCGGGCUGAACGCCGGAGCUUGCCGGCAGUCACCGAUGCUUCUCUCUCCUUGCCGGCGUGGCUCCAGGAGGUGGUCUCUCACUGCAAGAAGCUGACCAAGAAGAACAAGGAGCAGCUUUCGGAGAUGAUGUCCCUAGACAAGCAGAAGGGGCUCAAGGCGCUCAGCAAGGAGAAGCGGCAGAAGCUGGAGGCCUACCAGCAUCUCUUCUACCUGCUGCAGACCCAGCCUGCGUACUUGGCCAGGCUGAUCUUCCAGAUGCCCCAGAACAAGUCCACCAAGUUCAUGGAGUCGGUGAUCUUUACGCUUUACAACUACGCAUCCAACCCACGGGAGGCUUACCUGCUGCUCCAGCUCUUCAAAGCAGCGCUGCAGGAGGAGAUCAGGUCCAAGGUGGACCACGUCCAUGACAUCCUGACGGGGAACGCCACGGUGAUCCGGCUGGUGGUCAGCUUCUACCGUAACGCGCGUGGGCAGAACGCCCUGCGGCAGAUCCUGGGUGGCCCGGUGCAGGAGGUCCUGCAGGACAAGACCCUCAACAUCCGCACCAACCCUGUGGACAUCUACAAGGGGUGGAUCAACCAGACCGAGUCGCAGAGCGGGCAGAAAAGCAAGCUCCCGUACGAGGUCAGCCCUGAGCAGGCUCUCAGCCACCCCGAGGUCCGAAGGCGACUGGAUAUUUCUAUCCGCAACCUCCUCGCCAUGACGGACAAGUUUGUCUCUGCCAUCACCUCUUCUGUAGACAAGAUCCCCUAUGGGAUGCGCUACGUGGCCAAAAUCCUGAGGACAUCCUUGGUUGAGAAAUUCCCCAAGGCCUCGGCGGAGGAGAUCGACAAGGUCGUGGGGAACCUGCUCUACUACCGCUUCAUGAACCCAGCGGUGGUGGCCCCCGACGGCUUUGACAUCGUGGACAUCUCGGCCGGGGUGACCCUGCAUCCCGACCACCGUCGCAGCCUGGGCUCCAUCGCCAAAGUGCUGCAGCACGCGGCGGCCCGCAAGGCAUUCGAUGGGGAGAACGCGCAUCUCUGCGGGGUCAACCGGUACCUGGAGGACACCCACAACAAGUUCAGGAGGUUCAUCUCUGCUGCCUGCUGUGUCCCUGAGCCAGAAGAGAGGUUUAACGUGGAUGAGUACUCGGAGAUGGUGGCCGUGGCCAAACCGGUCAUCUACAUCACGGUGGGGGAGCUCAUCAACACGCACAAGCUCCUGCUCGAGCACCAGGACUCCAUCGCUCCGCACCACGGAGACCCCUUGCACGAGCUUCUGGAAGACCUCGAUGAGCUUCCUACGGUCCAGUCCCUCGUCGGGGAGAGCGUUGCCAGCCCGGCGGACGGCAAUGCCGAGCAGGUGCUUUCCCAGCUCGGCAAAACGGAGAUUUCCCUUACCCUCACCGGCAAGCUGGUGCCGGCGGCCAGCAGCGAGGACGACACGAGGAGCUUGCUGUUGAGCACCAAGCAGAUGCUGGUGGAUGUGAUCCAGUCCCAGGCAGGAGAUUCCCUCCCGGAGAUCCUGUGGACAACGGCCUCGGAGCACGAGGAAGCCUCCCACGACCACCUCAUGCACAGACGAGCUCUGCGGGAUGCCCGGACCCCUGCCAAGCUGAAACGCAACCGUUCCCUGGCUGCGAACGGCCAACUCUCCAUGGAGGAGAAGAAACGCAAGAUCAUCCGCAACCUGCGGCGCUUGGAAAGCCUGGGGCUGGUGGACUCUGCCCAUCAGUACCAGGAGCUCGUCAACGAGCUGGCCAAGGACAUCCGCAACCAGAGAGAACUCCUGAAGCUGAGGCAGACCUUGGAGGGCCUCAACGCCAAGACCUUGUUUUAUGAGGAGCAAAUCGAUUAUUACAACCAAUACAUCAAGACCUGCCUCGACAACCUGGCAGCCAGCAG